UGAGAUCUUUUCUUGUGUCCUCUGUUCUGGGGUCAUGGCGAUUCCCCUUCUCCGACUCUCUUCCUCUCACAACCCUCACCUCUCUCCCUCCUCCCCUUCGUUCUUCUCUCUGCCCUCUCCUUCCCGCGUGACAUGUUCUCCUAGAAGGGCGAGUGGAGUUCUCCUCCUCCUCCUCCGUCGAGAGAUAUCUGCUUUUGCCGCUCUCAGCAGCAGCGCUCCGGCAGCACCAGUGGAAACGGCGGAGAGCUCGGGGGAGGCUCGAACGAGGCUGAUCGCCCAAAACGUACCUUGGACCUGCACGGCCGAUGACAUCAGAAAUCUGUUCUCGAAGCACGGCACUGUCGUCGACGUUGAGCUGUCGAUGUAUAACAGCAGCAAAAAUAGAGGAUUGGCAUUCGUAACAAUGGCCUCGGAGGAGGAAGCACUAGCAGCACUUAGUCAUCUGAAAUCAUAUGAUUUAGAUGGUCGUGUGAUCAAGGUGGAAUUUGCAAGAUCUGUGAAGAAGGCUCCUGUUGUGGCAGCAGGUCCUGUUCCAAAGUAUAAUGUGUUUGUGGGCAAUUUAACUUGGAGGGUAAGAUCUCGGGAUCUUCGAGAAUUAUUUAGUGGCAGUGGGAACAUCCUAUCUGCUGAAGUCAUCUUCCAAAGCAAUCCAAGAAGAUCAGCAGGCUAUGGAUUUGUCUCGUUCUCAUCAAAAGAAGAAGCAGAAGCUGCAAUAACCACUCUGAAUGGAAAUAAGUUGAUGGGAAGACGCAUUCGUUUGGUGUUGGGUAAGGAUCAAGCAGUUGAUGCUGAAAACAAGGUGGAUACCUAUGAGCAAUCAGAUGAGAUAUCAGAUGAGGUAGAUGCUAGCUGAGAGCAACCAGAGCCAGAUGAGACAUGGCUGAAGAAAAUUGAGAUAUCAAAGAAGACCUUGAAGCUACCUUGGUGGGUUGUGUACUGCUUUAGAUGUUUGACUUGAUCUCACUCGACCUGUUCAUGAGCUAGCAUCUAUGGGUUUCAAUGGUUUGGUCUUUCUUCAAUGACUUGAAAGCUUGGCGGAAAGAAUCAUGGACCUGGAACUGCACCAUAAGCUCAUUGAUGAAUGCACCAAAACCAUAGUGAGAAGUGGAGGGUGUUAAAGCAUGAACGAUGUCAAGUCUAAGAAAGGUACGCAAAAAUUCAGUCGAUGAUUUGCAUUUUUCAGAUGAUUGAAUUCUUACAUUAACCAGCUGUAUUCCUGAGAUACUUAUGAUGCUGGAGCCUGACUCUUAAGCCUUUAUAAGCAUUGCUGUUUCCAUAAAAAAUGAUCAAAUUAUAACUUGAAGAAUGAUCCUUUGAAGUCAGAUAAAAGUCAAAUAAUGAAGUUGUCUCAAGAUUUCAUUUAUAGGUUAUAUUUGCAGUUAGACCGACUGAGAUAAAUGAAGGAAACCUCUGAUUUUGUCAUGGAUAGAUAACAUUCUAAAACUUCCAUGCUUGUUUAUGUCAGAGAAGCCAAAUAUCAAAGUUAUCUCAUUAGGCUUUACAGAUUUAAUUUAUAGGCUGUCUGCAGAUACUGAAGGAAACUGAGUUAUGGAUAGAUUACAUUCUAAAACUUUCUUCAACUUCCAUGCUUGUUUAAAAAUUUUUUUGUGAUAAGCCAAGUUUGUCAGAACUGCCAAUAACUACCUGUUGAAGUAUGAUUUAAGUUUUAGAAACAGGUUCAUCUCUCUUCAGAGUGCACCAGGACUUCAUUGUGAAGACCAUCCGCUUCCUGCUUGCCUUUGACUGAAAACAAUGACAUGAACUGAUCGGAUCCAGAGGCCUGAGGAUUGAUUGACCCAAGAAACUAAAGUUGAUGAUAUUAAAAAAGGGUUCACAAGGAGAAGAUUGAGUGUGAGUCAAUAUAGGACAAAAAUCAAGUUGGCCUCCCACCCAACUUGCCUAUAUUUAUGUUAUUAGAUGUUGUUAGAGAUGAUUUUGGAUGGGUCCUCCAAGUCAAGUUUUAAUUUAGUUCUUUUUCGAGUCGGUCUUUAAGAAAUUCUUCGUACCAGUCGUUGGAUUCCUAUAAAAUUAAGUCAGGGGGUAAUCCCGAUAAUGAUCCUUUCGACGUUCAAGUUAGUACUAAGUUAGAUAAGUUAGACGAGUAUUGAGUAUUAUAUUAUCUCAAGUUUACUUGCAUAACUCCUAGUUUAUAGUAGACGCCUGAUACAAAUGUUAUGUAGUUGGUAAGGAUCAAUCAUAGUUAUCUUUAAUGAGUUAUUAUGCUUGGAAUUGUUCACUUUUAUAUAGACUCGUGAAUUUAAAGA